AUGAGGGCCUGCCUUCCACUUGCAAGUUACCUGGGUACAGGCCGCGCUGGGCCCCGCUCUCACUCGGGCCAUCCAGUCACGACUUACAUUCGCGUGGGUUCCGUUCCUCGCUCUCGUCGGUUGUUUUUUUUCCACGACGCUUUCAAGUCCCAGCCCCCGGGGCCUGCACACCAACCGGGUGGCACCCACGGCGUCUUCCACUACAUACGAUCCGCCGUGCGCCGCGUGCGUGCGCCGCCGCCGCCGCCGCUCAUCGCCCGCCUAUUCCUCCUCACCCGGACGGCCCGUUCCAAGCCUCAUUUGACAAAGAAGCAACUUUCCGUCCCGGCUCUGGGGAUAUUGAACCAUAUCGGAUUCCAUCUAAUUUCGAUGCCUAAAAAGAGGGCUGGUCGCGUUGCAACCCCCCGCGACCCUCAGGCCAAUCAUCGCCAAAUGCCCUCGACGUCCAUCGAGGAGGGCCUUGGGCUCUCUCAUUUCGGGGGCACUGUAACCUCCUCCAUAAACCCCUACGACUUGGAACCCUGUCCUAUUUCCAUCGCGGCUGUGCCCAACCGGGGAGGGGGCGUGCGAAGGUGGGGGCUAUCUACAAGGCACAGUGCUUGA